ACAACACCUUAUUUUCUCUUUUGUUCUCCACACAUAAUACCUAACUUUUCUUUACAAAGUCAAAAUAAUCUGUAAAAAAUGUCUUCCAUCGAGGCCGCGGCUCAGGUCGCCAACAUGUACGAUACGGUUCUUAUUCUGGACUUUGGAUCGCAGUACUCGCAUCUGAUCACCCGCCGUGUGCGCGAAGCCGGCGUCUACUGCGAGCUGCUCCCCUGCACGCAGAAGAUCUCCGAGCUGAAGUUCAAGCCCAAGGGUGUGAUUCUCUCCGGCAGCCCCUACUCGAUCACCGACGAGGGCGCGCCCCACGUCGACCCUGCGGUCUUUGACCUCGGCGUCCCAAUCCUCGGCAUCUGCUACGGUCUGCAGGAGGUUGCACGCAACCUCGGUGGCGAGACCAGCCUGGCGGUCAGGCGCGAGUACGGCCAUGCCGAGCUCACCCUCGACCCGCAGGCCGACCACCACUCGUACAAGCUGUUCCAGGAUGUGCCAUCGCCCACUAACGUGUGGAUGAGCCACGGUGACCAUUUGGAGAGCCCUCCCAAGGACUUUGUCAUCAUCGGUUCCACGGACUCCAGCGCCUACGCCGCCGUCGCCCACAACACCCUGCCUAUCUACGGUAUCCAGUUCCACCCCGAGGUCACCCACAGCAUUGACGGCACUAUUAUACUGCGCAACUUUGUCAUCGGUAUCUGCCACUGCGAGGCCAACUGGACAAUGUCGUCGUUCAUCGACAAGGAGCUCGAGCGCAUUCGCACGCUCGUUGGCCCUACCGGCUCCGUCAUCGGUGCUGUCUCCGGCGGUGUUGAUUCGACCGUCGCCGCUGUUCUGAUGAAGCGCGCCAUUGGCGACCGCUUCCAUGCUGUUCUCGUUGAUAACGGUGUUAUGCGCCUUAAUGAGUGCGCGCAGGUUAAGAAGACGCUUUCGGAUAACCUCGGGAUCAACCUGACUGUUGCCGAUGCCUCGGAUCUGUUCCUUGGCCGCCUCAAGGGCGUCACGGACCCGGAGCGCAAGCGCAAGAUUAUCGGUAACACUUUCAUCGAGGUGUUUGAGUCGGAGUCGUAUAAGAUUGACGAGAUCUCGCGCCAGAAAGGUCUCGGCCCUAUUGAGUGGCUCCUGCAGGGUACCUUGUACCCGGAUGUCAUUGAGAGCAUUUCGUUCAAGGGCCCCUCGGCUACCAUCAAGUCUCACCACAACGUCGGUGGACUCCUGGAGAACAUGCGGUUGAAGCUCAUUGAGCCCCUGCGCGAGCUCUUCAAGGACGAGGUGCGCGCUCUCGGAUCCAUCCUGGAGAUCCCCGAUGAGCUCGUCUGGCGCCACCCCUUCCCCGGACCCGGCAUUGCCAUCCGUGUCCUCGGCGAAGUCACUCCCGAGCAGGUUCAGAUCGCUAGACUUGCUGAUAACAUUUACAUUGAUGAGAUUAAGAAGGCCGGUCUCUAUCGCCAGAUCUCCCAGGCGUAUGCUGCUCUUUUGCCUGUUCGCUCGGUUGGUGUCAUGGGUGAUCAGCGUACCUAUGAGCAGGUUAUUGCUCUGCGUGCUGUUGAGUCCAAGGACUUUAUGACUGCUGAUUGGUUCCCUAUGCCCUACGAGACCCUGAAGCGUAUCAGCAACCGUAUUAUUAAUGAGGUUAAGGGUGUUAACCGCGUUCUGUACGAUGUCAGCUCGAAGCCCCCUAGCACUAUUGAGUUUGAGUAAACUGUAAAAGUUUUUUAUUUUGUUAUCACAUGAAUAUAAACUCAAUAGCCAUAAAACCAGCAGAUAUUUAAGCGCUAUUUGUAUUUAAACGUGUAAAAAAGUGAAUCAAAG